GUUGACGGGCUGCAAACAAAGAAAAGCGCAGCAGUUACUCCGGACACAUUCGAAAGAACCAACGCACCGACUCUGUAUUGUUAUCGUCUAGUCGUGUCUUCAACGCCAGGGUGACAUGCAUGUCUUUUAGAAUUGAUCACCGACCAUAGGCUACCAGAUUCUUGACUCGGCGGGUGCGAGGCGCUGCAAGUACACAAAGGGUUGCGUGCAUACGUAACGUGCACCUUUCUUUUACUCGUCACUUCUUCAUCUUUUCUUGGUCAAAGUCCAGGUCCAGCGGAACACAAAGCAGAAAAGCUCAAAGUAGAAGUCGAGUCUGUUUCAGCAUGAGGGCCUUUGCGCAGCGCGCGACUCGACUCCGGAGCACAUCGCUGAGUGCCGUUCCACCACCGCUACACUCGCCCGAAUACAUCAACGACUACGCCGAUACAGCCGCUUCAAUCCUAUAUCGCUCGCCCCUACCGUCCGAGUCUGGACUCCCCGUAUACAUCCUCAAUGCCGCCGCCUUCCCCGAUGCCUUUGAAGUCGACUACGAUGCGCUUCUGCCAUAUGUCCUGGCUAGACUGCCCGGAGAGGAAGAGCUGAUUGCAGGAGAAGAGUAUGAGAUCAUCUUCUUCGCUGGCGGACAGCCCGAGAGUGCCACGUCGGAGAAGAAGAACGGUCCUGGAAUGGGGUGGUACCUGCAAGCAUACCAUGUGCUUAGCAGGGCAAUCCGCAAGAGACUGCAGAAGCUAUACGUCGUACAUGAACGCAGCUGGGUGCGUGUGCUUAUCGAGGUCUUUGGCACAAUAGUCUCGCCCAAGUUCCGCAAGAAGAUCGUCCACGUCUCGACCCUUUCCUCGCUGGCUCUGCACAUUCCCAUCGAGAAGCUACUCAUCCCGCCGAACGUCUACCUCCACGAUCGCCGUCUCUCGCCAGACAUUCACUCGCCCUACGUUAGUGGCCGUAGAGCCUUUGGUGCCAACGACCCUAUGCCACGCAACCUAUACGGCCAGAGACGCCUGCCGCGCGUGCUAAGAGAAACAACCACUUUCCUCUGCCAGAGUGAGAACAUCAAGACUGAGGGCAUCUUUCGCAUUCCUCCUCAAUCCAUCCUUGUUGGCAUCUUGAGGGAAGCCUAUGAUCGUGGUCAGCAUUUCAUUGUUUGGAAAGAAGGCGGAAUCUCGUACACCCAACCUGAUCUGGACCACGAAACUCUGAGAAACAUCCACCAAUCCGACGCAUACGGCGUACACUUGGCUGCUGGUCUGAUCAAGCUCUGGUAUCGUGAACUGAAAACUCCAAUCUUCCAUGAGAAUUGCUAUGAUGAAUUGAGAUACAAGUUUGGAAGCCCCGAUGCCGACAUUGAAAUGGAUGACCUGGUCGAAAUGCUGUCUCCCACAUCGACCACCUCAUGUCUAUCGCAACAAGCCAGGCUGAUCUUAAUACUGCACCUCCUCCCUCUUUUGUCUCUAGUCACAAGCUAUCAAGCCACAAACAAGAUGACACCUGACAAUCUAGCCAUCUGCUUUUCGCCAGCCCUCGUAUGUGGCUCUGAUCAGUUGGCUGAUGCAAAGAUGACCUCUAUCGUUCGUCGCGUGCUUGAAGCUGCUGUAGAACAUUGGUCUCAUGGUCUGCGGGACGCUUGCGAGACUGCCUCGGACUCGUUCGCUGCUGCACUACGCCCGCCUCCGGCUGCUCAGGACUACGAAGAUCCUCUGCAGGAAGGCUACAGGGACGUUUCGCAAGACUCGGACAAAUCACACCGAAUCACGCUCCAGGAUGAUGAAUCAGAGAAACCUGCUCUACCACCUCGGCCUGCGGUAGAAACUCGCCAGCGUGCAGCAUCACAGUCGGCCUUCCCUGCAAGAUCUGAUAGUCUCGCUUCACCUGUCAAACGUAAGCCUGCACCUAUAGGUGUCGCUCCUCCACCGCAAGCAAUUUUCCAUAGAUGCACCGCGUCACAGUCGUCCGUAAGCCAUACGAGCCCGCUCGAUAGUUUUGCUACGGAUAUGAAGACUGCCGUACCUUACAACGAGUCGCCUCCAAAUGUGCCAGCCAAGCCAGUUUCGAAAGCUACAGCGCCUACACAAAACGACUUUAUGAAGGAAUUACGAAACUCAUUAGCAAACGAUGUUGUCAAGAGAAAGCCAGUGUCCUCAACAGCAUCGCCGGGCUCACCAACAGGCAAUGACUCCGCUCCCGCACCACAACAACGCUCAGUAUCUGCCCGUAUCCCCUCACCACCCAAAAAGGACGAUAACAUCUUUGUCAAACCUACUUGGGCGGCAUCCUCUCGAACAACCUCUCGCAACCCUUCCCUCUCCACCCCCAUCUCAACAACCCUCUCUGCACCCACCUACGCCCCUCGACCACGCACACCCUCACCUGGUCUGCUCAAACGCAUGGCCUCCAUCGAAUCAAUGCACAAUACUGCAGUAGCCCAGCAACAGCAAAUUCCCGACUCGAAUAGAAUCGCACCAGUGGUUGAGAAGAUAGGGUUGCGCAAGAGUUCUGUGGAUGAUCUCAAGAGGAUCUACGAGGAGAGGGCUGGAGCCACUAUUGGAUUGGCUAGAGCGGCUAGUGUGAGUAGUAAUAGUGGUAGGAGGGGAAGUAAUGCCAGUGCUAGCCUGAGUAGGAGGACAUCUAACGCCGCUGUGUAGUUUGCGGCAGAGGUGGUUGUUAGAUGUGGAGAAGCUACGGAGUGAUGUGUUUCCUGUUGCUUUCCGAUAUCUGGUUCCUUACUUCCCGGGUUUUAUUUCUCAUUGCUUUUUGAGUUCCUUGUUCGUAUGUCAGAUACCCAAACUUUUUUUCUUUCCAAGUUU